AUGACGGAGAACAUCGGGCUGAUCAGCAGCAUGGCGACUGAGGGCGCAGACCGCAAGGAUCAAGACGAGGGUCAAGUGCACGUUCCCGAGGAGCGAGGAUGGAGUAAAUUCUGGGCGUACGUCGGCCCGGGAUUCCUCGUCGCCAUAGCCUACAUCGACCCGGCCAAUUUUGAGAGUGACCUCAAGGCAGGAGCAGCAUACCAAUACUCGCUUCUUUGGGUUCUUCUGCUGGCAUCGUUAGCGGGCCUCCUGAUACAGUCACUGUCCGCCAACCUCGGUAUAGUCACAGGCAAGCAUCUGGCGCAGCAUUGCAGGGCGGAGUACCCCCGAGGUGUGAACCUCGCGCUAUGGGUGAUUGCAGAGAUAGAGAUCAUCGCCAGCGACAUCCCAGAAGUGAUAGGAACGGCCUUUGCGCUCAACAUGCUGUUUGGCAUUCGCCUGUGGGCGGGAGUCAUUAUCACCGGCUUCAGCACGCUCCUCUUCCUCGGCCUCCAGCGAUUCGGGGUGCGCAACCUAGAGGUGUUCAUAGCGCUGCUGGUGAUGGUGAUAGCGUGCUGCUUCUUUGUAGAGAUGGGCUACGCGCCAGUGGAUGGCAUGGCAGUGCUGGAGGGCAUGUUUGUGCCGCGCAUACAGGACCUGGGGGCGCUUGCCAUUGCCAUCUCUCUCAUCGGCGCUCUGGUCAUGCCACACAACCUCUUCCUGCACUCCGCGCUGGUGCUCAGCCGCAAGCCCCAGCGCACCAGUCAAGGCAUCAAGGACGGGUGCUUCUACUCGUUAUUAGAAGUGGCAGCGGCGCUCAUCAUCAGUUUCGCCAUCAACGUGGCAGUCAUCUGCGUGGGCGGCGCGGUCUGCUCCGCGCCGGACCUCUCCCCGGAAGUGCAGGCGAGCUGCAGCGACAUCAGCCUCAGCAACGCCUACUUCCUUCUCCGGGACGUGCUGGGCGCGUGGGCGUCCACGCUCUUCGGCAUCGCACUGCUGGCCUCAGGGCAGAGCUCAACCAUCACGGGGACGUACGCGGGGCAGUAUGUGAUGUCGGGGUUUCUGGAGCUGCACCUCGCCUCGUGGCUGCGCAACCUGCUCACACGCCUCGUUGCCAUCGUGCCGUCGCUGGCUGUCGCCAUUGUGGCUGGCGCUACGGGUGCCGGCAACCUCAUCAUUGCGUCCUCGAUCAUCCUGUCGUUCGGCCUGCCGUAUGCGCUCAUCCCUCUGCUCAAGUUCACGAGCAGCCCUGUCAAGAUGGGGCCCUUCACCAACCACCCCACGGUCACUGUAGCUGCAUACAUCAUCGGCACUGUAGUUAUCUUUGUUAAUUGUGUGCUCGUGGUUCAAGCCUGCGUGGAGUAUCUGGUAUCAGACAACCUGCCCCAGGCCGCCCGGAUCCCCCUUGGGAUUGCCAUAGCCCUCGCGCUCCUCAUCUACGUCGUCUCCCUCGCACUGCUGGCACGGUGGCCUGUAACGGAAGUUACAUACAUCUCGGCCAAUGAGGGGUCGAGCGUUGAGCUUGAUGCUUAUAUGGGCUCUCCCCCUCAUGACUUUGGGCGGAGUGGGGGGGAUGGUGAGGAUGGUGAUAUGGGUGAGAAGGGGGAGGUGGAGGUUGGUGGAGAAGAGAGGAGAGAGGAGGGGAGAGGGGAGGGAGGGGAGAGAGGAUCGAUAGAGAUGACAAAUGGGGUGGUGGAGGGGAAAGAUGGUGAUGGGGGAAGGGAUGAAGGGGAUGAGGAAGGAGGGAGGGAUCCGCCCUCGGGGCGCUGCCUGGUUGCCUCCACCCCAGCUGAACCCUCAUCCCCAACGCUCACGCUCGCGCGCCCACGCUCACGCGCUCUCCCCACCCUCUUCCCCCCGCCAACGCUCUUUCCUAACCAGCGACCUGAGACCGCACCUGAUAUCUCAUCUGCCCCCUCCUCCCCCUCUCCCCCCUUCUUCCCCCCCAGGCCGUACCUGCUGCGCACGCUGUACGGAGACAUGCUGAUGGACGGCGUGGCGCCCAACUUCGUGACGCCGUACCUGCUGCGCACGCUGUACGGAGACAUGCUGAUGGACGGCAUACAACCCAACUUCGUGACGUUCCACGCGGCCAUCACGGCGUGCAUGCGCGCCAACCGCCUGCACGACCUCGUCUUCUUCUUCAACCAGAUGCUCGCGCGCGGCAUCACGCCCGAUCGAUACAUAUUCAACUGCGUCAUGACGGCGUACAGCCGCAGCGGGCACGUGGAGCGGGUGUUCCGCGUGGACUGGGACAUGCGCGCUGCAGGGCGGCCGCCCAACAUCCGCACCUACCACGCGCUGCUCACCGCCUGCACCACCACCGGCCGCUUCGACAAAGCGGCAGAGGUGCAGGAGCGAAUGAAAAAGGAUGGCGUGGCGCUCAACAAGUUCUGCUACGCCACGCUCAUUGCCAUGCACCAGCGCGUGCGCCCCUCCUCCCCGCGCAUCGUUGCCAAGAUAUUCUCUCUUCUGGAACAGUCCAUGACAGCACCCACCUACAGCCUUGAACCCGACUCCACCCCUGCCACCUCCACCCCCGCCGCCACCACCACUGCCACCGCCGCCAGCACCCCCACCACUGCGAGCAACCCUGGCGCCGCCACUGGCCCCACCACUGAUCACUUCGCUGAAUCCACCCCUGAAUCCACUGCUGAAUCCACUGCUGAUGUCGCCACUGCAUCAGAUGCCAGCAGCAGCGCCACGCACUCCACAGCAGCCACUGAGCCCCCCCACACACCUGGCAUGGCGCCCGCUGGUGGUAUGGGCAUGGGCGCGGGUGCGGCGGCGCUGUCAGAGGAGCAGGCGGAGAUGGGUGAGAUGGAGGAGAUGGCACUGGCGGAGCAGGAUGGCGGGGUGGGCAUGGGCAUGGGCAUGGAUGAAUACGGUGGGCGGGAAGAGGGGAAAGGAGGGGCGAGGGGAGGAGGCGGGCUGGUGUAUGCGAAUGCGGGUCUUGUGGUGCACCGUGCUGCGCUGAGGGCGUUCCUCGACGCACAUCAGCUGCAGGCAGCAUUUCGUCUGGUGCGGAUGAUAGAGGAGAGCAACAUCGUUCCGGAUGCUGCCCUGCAGACCAUCCUCUUCAGGGUGCAUCUUCAAGCGGGCAACGAGGCAGAGGCGCUCAAGCUGGCAGACCUCUACUAUGGCCCACAAGCCCGACCCUACAUCGACCAGUUCGUGCAAGCCAUCUCGUACAGCCUGAGGGAGCUGCGCCCCAUUGGAAUGAAUCUCGCCCUGCGACUGCUGGAGCUGUUUUUCAACCACGGUUUCUACUUCACGCGCAAGCAGGGCAGCCAGCUGCUGCAAGAGGCACUCACGAGCGAUAGGCGCAGCAUGGCGGCGGCGAAGAGGCUGUUUGACCACGUGGUGGCGAAGCACCAGGCGCCCGAGUUUGAUGCUGUGCUGGACUUCAUGCGCGCUCUCAGGCGCCGGCAAACGCCAAAGACCGAUCGGCGGUGGUUGUUAGUUCAAGAUCUGAUCAAGCGGCGGCGUAACAUCCGAGGGAUGUGGAUGAAGGGCUUGCAGCAGGAAGGACGUGAGCAUGAGCCACGGGUGUCGGUUGAAGAGGAUGAGGUUUGA